AAACAACACGAGAGAGAGCGAGUAAAACCAAAACUUCCCGACACAUGUGAAUGCAGCACCCAGUAUUGUGUGCGGGGGGGCAGUUUGACGCUUUAACACGGGUUUGGUCGCUGUGCUAGUUUGUUGUCGUCAUGUUUUUUUUCGUUAUCUUCACCGUGAACUACUAGACUCUGCUCUCAGCCAUGUUCGGGCUCAGCGGCAUCGGGAGGAGGUGACGAGAAGCAGCCGCCUCCAGGUGACCACAAGCCCGGCAGCAGCAGCAGCAGAAGCAGCAGAAGCAGAAGCGGGUGGAAGCAGACCCCGGAACUCGCAGCGGCAGGAGCUAACGUUAGCUAGCUUUUUGUUGACAGGCUUCCCGCUGUCAAACCAGAAACUCACCGCUGAUUAAAGUUUGUUUUCCCGCUUUCUUUACGACUCCGUACCCCGUCCGGAUAUCUACUCCUCCACACCGAAGUUUCUUUCACCUCUCACCACCUGUGGAGCCGGAACAUGACAUCGAGGGGAGGCUUCCCUGGUCCCCAGAUGAAUCCGAGCGUGAACCCCAUGAACGUCGCGCACUCGGCGGGCAUGAGGAUGUCAGGAAUGCCGCAUGCUCCGGCGGGAUUCCCCCGGAGCAUGAGCAACUCUGCCCAGUACCUCCAGCGCCUAGGGUUGCCACCCAGCAGGAUCAUGGGCCCCAUGGUGUCAAUGGGGAGCCAGCUGCCUGGUCCCUCUUAUGGCGGUGGGAACAUGCCCAUGCGGCCAGGCAUGGGGCCUCCGAGCAUGGACGCCUCGAGGAAGCGGUUCCUUCAUCAGCAUCAACAACACCACCAGCAAGAGGCGCUGGGAGGAGGCCACAGACGAGGGGCAAAAAGACGCAAAAUGGCAGAUAAGGUUCUCCCGCAAAGGAUUAGAGACCUGGUCCCUGAAUCCCAGGCCUACAUGGACCUCUUGGCCUUUGAGAGGAAACUGGAUCAGACCAUCGCUCGGAAGCGAAUGGAGAUUCAGGAAGCCAUCAAGAAGCCUAUUAUGCAAAAACGCAAACUCAGGAUCUACAUUUCCAACACAUACACACCCAGCAAGCCUGAGGGUGAGGAGGCAGAGAAGGUGUCGUCCUGGGAGCUGCGAGUGGAGGGAAAGCUUCUGGAGGAACCCGGCAAGCAAAAGAGGAAGUUCUCAUCUUUCUUCAAGAGCCUGGUGAUUGAGCUUGAUAAGGAGCUCUAUGGACCUGACAACCACUUAGUAGAGUGGCACAGAAUGCCCACCACUCAGGAGACGGAUGGUUUCCAGGUUAAAAGACCCGGAGACGUGAAUGUUAAAUGCACUCUACUGCUCAUGCUCGACCACCAGCCCCCCCAGUACAAACUGGAUCCACGGCUGGCUCGUCUGCUGGGUGUGCACACGCAGACAAGGGCCAGCAUCAUGCAAGCUCUCUGGCUCUAUAUCAAGAACAACAAGCUGCAGGAUGGUCAUGAGAAGGAGUACAUCAACUGCAACCGCUAUUUCAGACAAAUCUUCAGUUGUCCUCGCAUGAGGUUCUCUGAGAUUCCCAUGAAACUGGCGGGCCUGCUGCAGCAUCCUGACCCCAUCAUCAUCAAUCAUGUCAUUAGCAGUGUGGACCCCACAGAUCAGAAGAAGACAGCUUGCUAUGACAUAGAUGUGGAGGUGGACGAUCCACUGAAAAGCCAAAUGAACAGUUUCUUGUCCUCAACAACCAACCAACAGGAAAUUGCAGCUCUGGAGAUGAAGAUCCAUGAGACCAUUGAGUACAUUAACCAGCUGAAGACAGAGAGAGACUUUAUGCUGAGCUUCAGCAAUAAUCCACAGGACUUCAUCCAGGACUGGCUCAAGUCUCAGAGCAGAGAUCUGAAGUUGAUGACAGAUGUGACAGGAAACCCAGAGGAGGAGAGGAGAACUGAGUUCUACCAGGCGCCCUGGGUACCAGAGGCAGUGGGCAGAUACAUUUACUCCAAAGUGCAACAGAGGCGACAAGAGUUGGAGCAGGUGCUGGGGAUCCGGCUCACCUAGAUAUUCCAUAUUUCAGAGGAGCCACAGCCAACUUGAAUUUACUUCAAAUGUUAACCUUUUUCUUCCAUUAACAUUGGAAUUAGCUUUGAAAAGACACAAGCUAAUAUUGCAGCUUAAGUGUUCACUACGCCAUCCUUACCGACAUGAAAUGAGAAGUGUGAAUAUAUACAUUCCUUUUGUUGUUGCCAUAGAUGCCUUGCAUUGCAUUGUCUGUGAUAUUGAGCCUUUCAAAUACUCUUUGCCUUGUUUUGCAGUAUAUUUUCUUCACGGUACAUUAUCCUUAGAAAAGUGUAAGCAUUGCUGCUGUUGAGGUGGUUUUCAAACGUUGUGCUAUUUUGAGGGGGCGGGGGUGGGGUUCUGUUUACUGCCACAUUUUAAAGCCAUAACCUUUAGAUAGGGAAACAAAAACCUGGUGGUAACCUGACAUGGUUGAAUUACUCAUUUCAUUAUAAUAUAUCCAUGUAUUCAAAAGUACAUUUUGAAUUUUUUUAUUUUAUUCUCAAGCAAAACAGCAGUUCACAAGAUGUCUUGAGUCUUAGAUAAGAAGCUUUUAUAGCAAAUAGUAGUUUCUGGGGUGUUGGUUCUGUUUUCUAUUGAUGGAUGUGUCAUUUGAAAUGCUAUGUAAGAAACAGGGAUUUCCAGGAAAGCUCGACUAUGGGAAAAGAUCAAGCUUCUUAUUUGUACAAAGACAUGAAUCUUACUCUGUUGAGCUGUAAUUUAGCAGUUGUUUGUACUUUUUCAAUGUUUACAUGCUGUUUUCAUUUGUUGGGGUGGGGGGAGGGGGGGGGUUGCAUUGUUUUAAUGCCAGGAAGAGGAAUGGUGACAGGGUGUUUGGGUGGAAGAGCUCCUCCUGUAACAUCCACCUCACAGCGUGCUUAACUGGUGUUUGUUGUUUCACGUCUUAACUUUUCAUCGAAAUGCUAUUUUCUUAAGGUUUUAUAUGAAAAUAUUUCCAGAGCUUCUCUCGAAACAAUCCAUGUUACUGUGCCUGUUUUGUGAAGAAGGCACUUUUGAGAAAUGUGUGUACAAUGUGUUUUUUGUACAACCUCUUUGUAAAAUGUUUGCAUGU